UUCUCUCACUUGUCUUGCUCAUGUCGACCUGACCGCUCCAUCUCAUCCACCAUCUACUGCCCUCAAUGGAUAGCUCAACGCUCCUUUAUGGCGGGCUCGGACUUCUGGCCGCCACACUUGGUACGGCUUACACUCUACUCGUUCUCUGGUCGCCGGAUAUCAUCGUCCCCAAGCCCUCUGAAAAGACUUACCGCUCUCCUCGCAAGCCCUCUGCCCGCCUUCCCCUAUCGUCAAUACGCGACUCGCCUUCAGUCGACUUGACGGUCGUCAUCCCCGCCUAUAAUGAGACAGCCCGGCUACCGGAAAUGUUCUCGACCACGCUUGCGCAUCUUGAGUCGACCCGAUCGUCGCGCUCAUAUGAAGUGCUCGUAGUGGAUGAUGGCUCGCGCGACGGGACAGCGGACCUCGCGCUAAAGCUUGGUGCGCAAUACCCGCAGAGCGACGUGCGCGUCGUCGUGCUAGAGAAGAACGUGGGGAAGGGCGGCGCGGUGCGUCAUGGGAUGUUGCAUGGGAGGGGGAAGAGGUUACUUAUGGUAGACGCCGAUGGUGCGAGUCGGUUCGAGGACCUGGAGGCAUUGUGGAAGGCAAUGGAUGAGAUCUCACCCAAGGGUGAGGCCGCGGUCGUUGUUGGCAGUCGCGCACAUCUUGUAAAGACUGAGGCGGUUGUGAAGCGUUCCUUGAUCCGCAACGUGCUCAUGUACGGCCUCCACACCAUCCUGCGCAUCGUUGGGGUCGGACACAUCCGCGAUACCCAGUGUGGCUUCAAGCUGUUCUCACGUCGUGCUGCGCAGCAGAUAUUCCCGUGCCAGCACCUGGCGACGUGGAUCUUUGACGUUGAGCUGCUGCUGCUCGCGAAGGAACUUCGGAUGGCGGUCGCCGAGGUCCCCAUUGAGUGGCAUGAGGUCUCUGGAAGCAAGCUGCACGUCUUCGCGGACUCACUACAGAUGCUUCGGGACCUUCUAAUCCUACGGGCGAAUCUGCUCCUUGGACGGUGGAAGGUGCAUGCGCCGAAGGCGACACAAAACGGGAAGGGCAGGUAGUGUAGAUAUCGGGAUAGUUAUAAGUUAUUCUAGCGCUACCUAGCGUGGACAUUGAUGUCAUAAGAGAGCGCUGUUCGAUGUCACUUGUGUGCUCAGCGCUGGUGAUGUUCGG